AUGGCUGAGACCUUCCUAGUCAGCGCUCGCCACUAUCACCUCCCCACCGAACUACUGCGAGAAGUUGUUCAUUACUACGCCCAUAUCAUCUCCUGGCGUAUCCCCGAGAGAGCGAGACAGAGCUACAAGCCGAACUGGACUGAUUACCAACCCCUUACAUUGGCCUCUAAAGUACUGCGCCAGCUAUCUCUAGAGACUUGGUUUGAAGUCUACUACGCACAGUCGCCGGAAGACCUAGUGAACGCAUGGCCAGAGUUUAGCACUUGGACCAGAGAACUGCACUGCGUAGAACUAGGCACGGACCUCCAGAUCCGCCCCGUGCAGUGGACGCUCCAGGCGUUUCGCCGUCUGCGCAAGCUCCGCAUUGACUUCGACCCGUCACAGUCGAACGCGAUGCUCCUCAUGCGCUUCGACCACCCGCGUCCCAUCGCCUCUCACUUGCAAGAAUUGGAGGUGCACGACGUCUCCUGGCCGUCCCCCAUGGUUGUGCGCCUCGUCAGCGAGGCGUUUCCCGCGCUACGUGUGCUCAAGCUCAUGCAGGACCUCGUGUGGUGCGGUCUCUGCAAUACGUGUCGGUUUGCGACUUUCAAGGAUCAUCCCCCGCCUGAAAUAAUGUACGAGAAGACCGUCGGCCUUCCGAGGUAUUACGAGACCUACCUCAUGUCACUCGCCCAACUGCAUACCGUCCAGCUGACGGUCGCGUACGGUCUUGGGGGACUCGUGUCUCUCUCGAACAACGACGUCCUCUGGACGGGCGAAUGCGACGACUGCAUGGACAUGAUGUUCCCAUCCUGGGACGGCUUCAAGGCGGAGUGGGUCGAGCAGAAGAAGACUAUGGAGAGACCCCCGUCGCUCAAAUGCGUCCGCUGGCGCUUCCGACACAAGAACGCGGUGGAUGUCGCAGUCGACCUUGAAGAGAUGGAGAGCCCUUCUGGGCAAGAAGAGGACGACGAUGAGGAUGAUACGUAG